UGAAGAGGAUGUUGUGGUGCAUCUGUUUGAUCAGGUGUGAAAUGUGCCAUGCUCCUGAAUGCACCAUAGCUAUCUGACUCUCGUGAAUGCAUCAGACUGGUCUGUGAACGCUGUGCUGUGUAGAUGAAGCACCUACUAUGAAGCUGCAUUCAGAAGCCUGCACAUCUCUGCCAUUCAAUUGGUCCUUCAACCUACCUGAUGCUGCAUCAGAAGACAAUGGCUUGCAGUGGGAAGAUGACUUCGCAGCUUUGGAGUGCAGUGCAACAUCUGCCACAAAUGGCUGGACAACUCAGCCCAGGGCAGAGGGUCGCUCUCUCUCCCAAAUGAGCCUUUUCCUCACCUAUUUCACAGAGUCAGACCUUAACCUGUGACAUAAAACUUGGGAGACACUUUUUAUUGGAGGCUAAGAGGUUAAAGGAAGCAGCAGGAUGAAGUCCAAAGGAAAGGCUGUGAGAAGCUCCAGGAGGCCCUGGUCUGAUCCAGAGCCAGAGAACGAACCCGACACAGAGCCCGGCUCCAGUGAGCAGGAAGGAUCAGAGGCUUCAGUUCGGAUCGGCGGCUCCUGGAAAGGCUCUCUGAGGAGCGGCGACGGGAGGCGCCGUCAGGGAGGAGGAGGAACGGGUGGAGGAGGCGGGCGGCGGCGCAGGAUGUACGGCACCAGCACCAAGGAGCGCAGCAUCAGAAGGCUGGAGAGCAACGAGCGGGAGAGGCAGCGAAUGCACAAACUGAACAACGCCUUUCAGGCCCUGCGGGAAGCCAUCCCACACGUGAAGAUGGACAAGAAGCUGUCCAAGAUCGAGACUCUUACUCUGGCUAAGAACUACAUCAAAGCUUUGACCACCAUCAUCCUGGACAUGUCGGGGGCCUGCCUGCCCACUGAGGGGGGGCCCUCAGAUGCCAGGCUGCUGCAGUGCUACCAGCAGCACCUGGAGGAGGAGGGGGAGGAUGGCCUCACCCAGUACCUCACCCACAUGAAGAGCUUUGGCCAGGAAAGCUAACAGACUGGAACUGUGGAAUGGUUUAGGGACCAAGACACACCCGCUCAAUGGCCGUCCUCCUUAGAACUGACUGCUAGACCCUCAGUGCCUACAAAUGUUUUUAUACCUCAACAACUUUUCCAGAUUUCUCACCUUAAAACCAAACAUUUAUUUCAUUGGGAUCUUAUGUGACAGACAAUCGCAAAGCAGUGUACAGUUUUAAGAGAGAAAUGAAACAUGGUUUCCAAGAGUUUUUGAAAGUAAAGAACUAAAAAUAUGGUGCAUUUAUUUCUGCCCCCUUUAUUCUGAUACCCCGAAAUAAAACUUAAAUUUCUUUAGAAAUUUCAGCCAUUGGAGAAUCUUGAUGAACAAUUCUAACUAGGAACUCAGCAAACAGAUAGGAAAACAUUCUGUGGAUAAUUUAGAGCAAGGUGAUUUAAUUAAAAAAACACCCGAAGCUUUAACCAUCCUAUCAGGCUCUAUGAGGCAAUAAACAAACAUUCAAAGAAUCAGGCACAAAUACAUCAAGAAAAAAAAAAGCUAUUGGUGAAAGAAAAUCCAUUAGAAACCCUGUUUACAAACUGUCACAAGAAAUACGAGACAAAGCAAACGUGGAGGAAGGUUGUCAAAAUAACCGCACCCUAAACAGUCCGUCCUCCGUUUAAAACCUUGAGGUGGUGCUACGGUAUGAUACAGUGGAAGAGCUUUUCUUAGCUAGAGACAAGACAAUAUAGCAUAUUUGAUGGGGAUGCAUGGAUCUAAACUGCAAAACAGACUGGUGAGGAGGUUAACCAUCAGAGAAGACGGUGACUCCAAACAUCCACCCAGACCUACACUAGAACGGUUUAGUGC